GAUUUUGUGCGAUCAUCGGCCUUCCAAAACCGCUGCAUCACAAGACAUUCCAUGCUAUCUCUAAGAAGCUCCAUGGUGCUGCAAUGGAAGCUGUUAGCCAAAACUUGGAACUGGCACGAAAAGUCACGAAGGACGCCGUUGGCGGCGGCGAUGUGCCGGUCAUGUUUGACGGCACUUGGCAAAAAAGGGGCCAUAAAAGCCACAACGGAGUGGGCACAGCUGUGUCCCUGGACACAGGUCUUUGCUUGGACUUUGAAGUCCUUUCAAAUUACUGUCUUGCUUGCAGUAUCCACAAGGACAUGGGUGAUGAUGAUGAGGUAUGGCAAGCCUUUCAUCGUCCUGUAUGUGAAAAAAACACUGAAUGUUCAUCCCAUGCAAUGGAACCUGAAGCAGCAGUGCGCAUAUGGCAGAGGACUUCGUCAUACGAGACCCCACUGCGCUUCACAAGUUUCUUGAGUGAUGGGGACAGCAAAGCCUUUACUGCCGUCUGUGGGGCUGAGGUGUACGGUGACACUGUCAUCGAAAAAGAAGAGUGCACCAACCACGUCGCAAAACGCCUAGGCACUGCUCUGCGAAAAAUGACAACGCCACUGCCACGAGGUGAAAAGCUAACAGUCGCAGCCAUCCAGAAACUGCAGACAUACUACCAAAUAGCCAUAACAAAUAACAAGGGCAGUGUGCGCAGCAUGUACACUGCUAUAUGGGCCUCCUAUUUUCAUUGUUGCUCCAGUGAUGGGGCCAGCAGCCACAAAUUUUGCCCUGCUGAACCAGAUUCCUGGUGCAAACAUAGGCGUGCUGAAGCACUGGGGGAGCCUACACCACGCCACACCCCCUUGUUGACAAAAGCUCAGGGCUUGGCAAUUAUGCCUAUAUAUAAGCGCCUUACUGAUGAGAAGCUCCUGGCUCGGUGCCUUCAUGGCAAGACGCAAAACGCAGCAGAGUCUCUCAACAGUAAGAUAUGGCUGCUGUGUCCAAAAACGAAAUUUGCUUCCCGGACAUCUGUGGAGACAGCCACGGCUAUUGCCGUGCUGUGGUACAAUAAAGGCCAUGCGGGCUUUGAAGAAGUGCUACAAGAGAUUGGAGUACUUCCCCCAGGAGAGUUGGUUACACAUAGCGACCAUUCUGAUGACAUGCGCAUAAAGAAAAUGAACUUGAAGCGAACCGCAGAAGCAAGGGCGCACCGUCGUAACGCAGUGAAAAGGGCUCGCACCGAGGAGACCAACCGUAGGAGCCGGGAAGAGCCAAGCUACAGUGCAGGAGCAUUCUAG